UGUACAAUCGGUACCACGUGACCGUUUUCCUGGCUCGCGGUUGUGGCACAAAUCGUGAUUUUCGAGGCUCUUUCUCUAUGGACUAUAACGGGGAAAAACGGACAAAGACGCAUAUUUACGAAUCUUAAAAUUGGAUGUGUUAAAUUGUUUUGUUCUGGGGGUUCUUUCGGCAAUUGAGGAGCCGCUUUCAUAGGAGCUGCCGUUUAGUUUUUACUACGGGGUUUGUUUACCACAUUUCAACUUGGUUGAGCCGUCGGAGAUGAGUGGUCCCGAGGUAGUGAAGACGCCGGGGGGUGGGGCUCCGGGGAAGGAAGGCAAGGAGCCUGUAGCAAAUGGACAUCCAGGAGAGGGGGAUCAGGGAGGAGACGAUCCCUUUGCUGAGUACAUGUGGAUGGAGAACGAGGAUGUUUACAACAGACAGGUUGAAGAGGAGUUGUUGGAGCAGGAGUUCUUGGAGCGUUGUUUCCAGGAGAUGUUGGAUGAGGAGGACCAGGAUUGGUUCAUCCCGGCCAGGGACCUCCCCUCGGGGGUGGGUCAGAUCCAGCAGCAGCUUAAUGGCCUGUCAGUCAGCGAUGGAGGAAACGCAGAGGAGAUGGCGAGGAAGAGCAACUUGAACCCCGAUGCGAAGGAGUUCAUUCCAGGAGUGAAAUACUAGGAGUCCCCCUCACCCCCAGGGAGCGCCCACGCGCACACACAAGCACGAUCUCACACACCCUCGCAGAGACUCUGGCGGCCUCGUCCGGAACACACACACACACACCGAACAACACACACAGGUCCAGGGCGUGUAGGUAGAAACCCAUAGGAGGGUGGGGGGACUUUUAUUUUGAUUUUCUGUUUGUUUGAUGGUUAACUAAGGGACAGGGUGGGGGGUGUCAGUAUGAAUAAAACCCUAUCGAGGGAGCUGCUGCUCCAUGUACACUGUAAAGGUAGUGUCUCAAAUUGCACGCUAUUCCCUAUGUAGUGCACUACUUUUGACCAGGGCCCAUGGGCUUGAGUCCAUAGGGAACAGGGUAACUUUUCGGAUGCACACCGAGACGUACAUAUACAGAGUAACGAGAAACUCUGAGAUUUACCGACCUUUUUCAUGGUUGCCAUGUUGGCACCUAAAAACUCCCAUGAUAUUUCAACAGGCAAAUCGCAAAUGACACCCUGUUCCACUUUCAUUGUGCACUACCUGGUCUAAAGUAGUGCACUACAUAGGAAGUAGGGUGCCAUUUUGAGAUCUGCAUUUAUACUUUUCAUGGCUGCCAUGUUUGUGCCGGAAUGUUCCACAACAUUACCAUUCUAAUUGGAAUCCAACUAAGAAUGUUCUUGUUGCUAUAGAAUGACCCGGUGCCAACAUGGAUGACAGACAGUUGUCCGUUCUAGAACUCUGUACAUCUACGUACCUCUGGUUACAAUAUGACAUCAUAAUGACUCUGUUCAAUAGGUCGUUAUCAAUAAAGUGUCACAAUACGGUGCAGAGGUUUUGAAUCGCCUGCUGAGGGGGCAAGGAGACUCCUAGCUCCACUUAAACCGUUGACAACUGCGUGCCGUUUUUCAAGGGAUUGUUAAACAAAUGUUAACUAUUUGGUUGUAAUCUCCUCUUGAAGCCCAGAGUCAAAAAUAAAAACAUCAGAUUAUUCCACAUUUGCCUUUAUCAUCAGUUCUAAAUUAACUGCAUACUUUCCGUGAUCAGUAAACAUCAAUUGAUCAUGGAAUUUCAGAUACGCGAGGGUAGCCUCACGAUAUAGCUCAAUAUUGACCACCAUUGAUUGGAUAUUUGAGUGAUAGAAAGGAGAGCUGUUACCUGACCAAUAUGAGUGGUUUAGGUUCAUUUGCCAUCCGUUGUGGGCUCUGCCUGUCAAGCAGCAGAAGGGGGCAUUUGCAGAUGUACUGCUGGUUGAUAAUGUUUACUUUGCUAGCUACUGGUAGAAACGUUGUACAGUUGGCUAAACAUAGUGGUAAGUAGACCUGUUGUACUUUUUUCCCUACCUAGUAACGUUAGCUAACAUUAUCCCCUUUACAACAUUGUUUUUAAGAGUGUUUUAAUCCCUAUUGCUGCUGACAGAUGUGAUAGAGAAUAAAUUGAUGUAACACGUCAAUGUGGCUAGCUAACGGCAGAUUGCGUCAAUGUGGCUAGCUAACGGCAGAUUGCGUCAAUGUGGCUAGCUAACGGCAGAUUGCGUCAAUGUGGUUAGCUAACGGCAGAUUGCGUCAAUGUGGCUAGCUAACGGCAGAUUGCGUCAAUGUGGCUAGCUAACGGCAGAUUGCGUCAAUGUGGCUAGCUAACGGCAGAUUGCGUCAAUGAGGCUAGCUAACGGCAGAUUGCGUCAAUGUGGCUAGCUAACUUCCAGUGUAUAAACUAGAUUGCUAUAUCCAGAUAUGGUUUGAUUUGCUUGUCCUCUAGUGGAGGUGACCGUAGUCCACUUUACCAAGAUGAGGACUUGUCCAUGUCAAGCUCUUUCCACAAGCCUAAUCUCUGAUGAAGCAAGCUAAAUUAUGUUGUCUUUGAAAUCUAUUUUGCUACAUGCCAAAUUAAUAGGCUACUCUCACAUAUCUAAAAAAACAAACAAAAACAUGAUCAAUUGAUGUUUAUUGACCAUGAAAGCAUGCAGUUACUUGCUGUAUAUCUCUUGAGUAUGCUCUUCAAGAGUUGAUGAAAACCGUUAUUUAGCAAUCCCUAAAUAUGGCACAUAGUUGUCAAUGGUUUUAGCGGAGCUAGGGGUCUCCUUGCCCCCCUAGCAGCCAACUCGAACACUCUGCACAGGAUUGUGACGUUUUUAUUGAUAACCACCUACAGACCUGCCUAAAUUUCCUCUUAUGACAUCAUAAACACUCUCUGUGUAGAGCGGUUUUUAUUCCUCACGGGUCUGGUUCCAAACCAGUUACUCCUCUCUCCUAUCCCCUAACCCCUUGUGGGUGAAAAGAUUGAGGUUCUAGCCCCCAUAUCAGAACCGGGAUCUGAAAGGUAGGUCUUGUAUGGGGAGCAUUUGAACCCUUUUGAUGGUUCUAAGUGAACAAGGGUGUAGGGGUUAGGGUAUUUUAGAGUUUGGAACGAGGCUGUUCUCUCUGGCUUGCAUCUCAAAUGGCACCCUGUUCCCCGUACAGUGUUCUACUUUUAACCAGAACCCUACGGGCUCAGGUCAAAAGUAGUGCACUAAAUAAGGAACAGGGUCCUGUUUGGGACGCAGCCUCUCAGUACUGAAAGAAUGGAAGCAUCAUGUUGAACUCUUGUUGGUUCAAUCGUGUUUAUAUAAACACCUGAUCAGGCUCUGUUUUAAAAAUUUAAAUCUCAUUUAUUUUGUCUUUCGAAGAGCAAAGUUGUUUAGUCUCUCUUGGGUUGCCGUAGCCUGUGGUCAAAACGGGAAUUGGAAAUGAAUUCCAAAAUGGCAGCCAUAUUCCUUCGUAUAGUGCCCUACUUUUGAUCAGGGCCCAUGGGGCUCCCAGUGGUAGUGCACCACAUGGGCAAUAGUGUGCCAUUUUGGGGUUCAUACUUGUCUGUCUUUAGCUCCGUGUCUAGGGGAGGUUCAAAUGAAUGGGCGGGACUUGAGGUCAAGUUGACUAAUCACAGGCCACGUGCACGCUGGGUCAACCAAUAAGAAUUGUCCGCCGAGUGGAUUUACAUAAAUCAUUUUCUUUCUUGUGAUUUUUGAGUUGGAAAGUCCUGACAACACAAAGUAUGACUUUCAAUACAAAAAAAAAAAAUAUUAAUAAAGAUGAAAAAAUGCA